GCGAUCGCGUCAAAGUGAUCGGUUCGUUCAUUCUUACAUCGCAUAUUUUCUGUAUGUCUGUGGAAUUUCGUAUUCGGAAGAAAACUUCGUUGCAAAACGUUGUGAAAUAAUAAUCAACAAUUGUGCAAAAAGAAAUGUCAAAUUUUGGUUGCGUGAAUAAAUUUUGUGGAAUGUGAACGAAUUAAAUGAUUAAUCGAGUGAGCGUAUUUUAUCGCUUUUUGUAUUAAUGCACCAAUUACUAAGAAGUGAUUUUGUGGCUUGAAAUUGAUAAAAAUAGAAAGAAUGAUAUCAGAGUAACUUUGUGAAACAAAAUAUUUGACUUUUUCCGAAAUUCUUUUUCCCUUGAAAAUUAAAAUUUGUGUGGAACAAGCAAGUACUUUGGACAAUAAAAAAAACUAGACAAAAAAUGUCUACAUCUCAAAGUCGUAAGGGAGAUUACAAAAGUGCUUUGGACGAUAAACAACAAGACUUAUUAUCGGACGCUCGGAAAAAUCGAGCUGAAGAUAUCGAAGGUGUCUUGUCCGAUGACAAAUUGACAUUGGAUGUAAAUUUUCAAAAUGAACGUGGUAAUUCUGCUCUUCAUUUUGCUGCCGAAUAUGUCAACAAGGAAGCCGUUGAUAUACUGCUCAAGUAUGGAGCAGAUGCUACCAUUCAAAAUGCCGAAGGAAAGACUCCUUUAGAUUUGGUUGAAUACCAACUGAAUGCGAAUCCGAAUAGCGAUAGUUUGAAACAAAUCAAGGAAUCGUUGAAAAGAAGUCGACCCGGCACAUCUCAUAGCAAAAGAAGAAGAACUUCAAAUGACGCUGCAACACAUCCACCAAAAAAUGAACAAAGAGAACAAAGUGGAAGAAAUGAUUCCUGGGAAACUGAAGAAAACCUCAUUUCAAGUCCCAGCUCAAGCUCUCUGAAUGAGCGUCAAGACGCUGACAAUACCUACUAUUCAACCGGUUCGGCCAUGCAUGGGUUUGUAUUCCAGUUCAAGCUCAUCAUGUUUGUUGCACAGCGUGCGAGAAAAAUGGGCCACAAAUUCCGACUCGCACCCGAAAUGGAAGCGGCGGAAAAGUUCGACGAUGUUGUGAUGGAGCACACCGUGGGAGACGAACGAUGUUGGAGCUUUGUUCAAGCAAAACAUAAACGCGACGAUGAUGCAAAAAUCAAAAGCAACGACUUACAGUCGACAACGGAUUCCGCUCCAUUUGGGAUCCGGAAAUAUUUUCUGUCUUUCAUCAAAAUUAAAAAUAAUUUACAUUUCAUGGGGAAGAGACUGAACGACUUUGCGAUUGUUACGAAUGCGAACUUCGAUGAAGGUGAAGCAAAAGACGAGCAAGCGACGAAAUGGAAUGCGCUUCUUAAGGUCAAUCGUUUGAACCAAGAUGAUUUACUGUAUAUGGAAGGGUUCGAAAUAAAGAAAUACCAAUUUUCUUCCAACGAUGAUGAGCUCAAGUGGUUCAUGAAAGGAAAUUUAUUGGUCAGCGCUUUAGCAUCGAAAGAAAUUUCGAAAUUUCCUGCAGUUAAAUAUGAGUUAGAAAAUCGUGCUAAAGACAUUACAGAAAAAGCUGGAGCAAUUGGCAAAUCAUUUAAGAAGGCAAAAAAGGAGAAAUCCGAAGAAGAUCAAACCGAUUCUGCAUCUUUAGAAAAAGACAAACACAAACUUGGUGUUAUAGUGACAAAAUGUAAUGACCUCAGAAAAACGGUUCGAAAUAUAACGGAUAUGGGCCAUGUAACACCAAUAAUAGAAGGAGAUACAGAUCUCAAAGAGUUCAUUGACCCAACUAAAAUAAACAGUGUUAAAGAUUUAGACAAGAAACUAAGCAUGACCAUUUCUGCACUAUCAAUCAUCGAUGUGGCACUGAAUGAUGUUGCGUUUGACGAAUACUUUGCCGAAUUUGUGAAGAAGUUUCGAUUUGUCACCAACUUCCCGAACAAAGAGAAGCUAGGCGAUUUCAAUAAGAGUAAAUUGGGUGAAACGUUCAAAUUGUUGAAUGCUGAUUUGGUGAGUGCUUCGUUCGAGAAGAGAAUGCUCGAGAUCAUGACUUGCAACGAGGGAGAGAAUGACUUUUACACCGAAGAAGGAGCAGCUGCGUUUGAAGAGAAAAUAGCGAGCGCAAUCGACGGUUUGCUCACCUCUGGCUUGAGUAUGGUCUAUCCGGAAGAGUUGAAGGUACACAACAUUUUUUUCAGAGAAAACACUUUGAAUUGCUUGAAACUGUCAUUAAAUGGAUUCCUUGAUCCAGAAAAACAGAACAAACAAAUUUUCUACCUUUGUACUCAGUCCACGCGAUUGAGCGCCAUUAAAGUGCUUCAGAUUUUGGAAAAUCAUGAAAGUUAUAAGAAAAAAGACAGUUUAAUUUUCAUUCGAUUCUCAUCACUAUUACGUGAUGGACUGCAAAAUUACAUUUUCGACGCUUUUAGAAAACAUAGAAGCCACAAUCUGUUGGUGAUAGACUUUGAAGACGAUGAUAAUCACGAUGAAAAAACACUCGCUUCAAUUCAUGCGCAAGUCGAAAAUAUUCUCCGUGGACUAUUGACUGGAAUAGAAUCAAACGAGAAAAAAAUCAUUUUGAUCAGUCAAAAUUUAGAACUCAAAGAUAUGAGUUUGAAUUAUCACGACACCACUUCAUUCAACGAUUUAGAUGACGAAUCCCAAAACGUGGUACUUAAAACGGAAGUCAAUUCCCAAGGAACAACCAUGAGCUUAAAUCGACUCAUCGAUAGAAAUUAUGGUCCGAAAUUCUUUGACGAAGAAAGCCUCGCGAGACUUUUGAAUGGGAAUCAAUUGAAGAUAGGCAACAUAAAUGCAUUCUCUUCCAAUGGCUACGUGGAAGAUUAUUACAUCGAGAGAACAUUUCAUCGUCAGAUAAUCAAAAAUGACAUUCUCAAAAAAAAAGAUCAGUUAUUUUUCAUUACUUCAACGAAGAAAGAAGAUUUGGCCACUUUGAAAAGAGAUUUACUCGAAAUUGCAACUCCAAGAGAGAGUAUCGUCCAAUGGACUGACGAAUAUGUACAAUAUACGAAAUGGGACAAAGGGAUUAUUCUUCCCCCACCAGUUAAAAGUGAUGAAGAGCUCUAUAAAAUAUUUCGCAAACUUGCGAAAAAUGCGCAUUGGUUGGAAUUGCAUCAAGGCACGAGCCUAUUCUGGAAAUUAUCUAGCGGUGAUAUUUCACUCAUCACCGAGAGUAUUGAUAAGGAUGUGGCUCCAUCGAAAUCUGAAUUUGAAUCUGAAUCGAAAGAGGUGGUUCCAGAUGAACAUCAUUUCUGUAACGUGAAACAGUUCGGAAGCAAAGUCGUUAUACUAGCAAAUGAACCCGGAAUGGGUAAAUCUACGGUGUUGACUAGUAUGGCUAAAAAGAUGAGAGAAUUAAACGAUAACAAGAAGAAUGAAAAUGAAGUCAAAUGGAUUGUGCGAAUCAAUGUGAAUGAUUAUGCCAAUGAUUUGAGUAACUACAAAUUUACGGAAAAUGAUGUUGAUAGAACUAUAGACUUUGUUGCGAAAAUGGCAAUCCCCGGAGAUGCAACGAAGAAUAUCGAUAUCAAAAUACAACGAACGCUUUUCGAAUCAAGUCUUAAAAAAAACGAAGUUGGAUCGAAUUUGAAGAAGCCCAAAAUUGUUCUAAUGUUCGAUGGGUUCGAUGAAAUUUGCCCGGACUACGAGUCCAACACUUCACAUCUAAUUAGGAAACUGAAGGAAAGCAACGUUGCACAAAUUUGGGUCACGACUCGAGCUCAUGAACAAGACCAUUUGCAAAAAGAGCUCGGGUCACUUGCUUACAAGUUGAAUCCGUUGACCACAGAAAAACAAAAGCAAUUUUUGGACAAAUAUUGGAAAUGGAAGUUAACGAAAAUGGCAGAAGAAAAUCCAUCGAACUGUCAAGAAAUAUUGAAUCAUCUGAACAUUACAUUAGAAUCUGGGCAGCGCCUAGAAGCUAUAAAUGCAUUUAAUUUCUCCACAUUAGGAGGUGAAUUACUCAAUAAAUGGAAUCGUGUUAUUGGCGAUGAAAACGAAAAAUUUACAGCGGUUCCGCUACUCUUGGAAAUGUUGGCCGUUGUUGCAUUGGGAACGAAAUUCCGUUUGCCCGAAAAAAGUAGUAACUUCAAUUUAUACCAUCAGUUUAUCGAAAUCAAACUUGAUAUUCAUUCCAAAGAAAAAGUUAAAAAGGAUUUAAAAGUUGUACAAGCAAACUGCGAGAGUGUAAUGGCCAAAUAUUUUUUCCAUGACAUUUGUAUGAAAUUAUCCGUUAAAAUCUUCUUUCCAAAUGAUGAAUCACUGCCGAGCUUGGAAGACCUGGAACUACUGGCAAACGAAACACCAGAAUCAAUGGAGAAAAGAAAUUUUUUAACCGGAACUGGACUAUUAAUUUCAAAGGGAAGUGGUUUGGAUUUCAUUCACCGAAGCUUCAAUGAAUAUUAUUUCAGUCGGUAUUUGAUCAAGAAUAUGAGCAACAAAGCAGUACAGAAAUUAUUGUUCAGUAAAAUCUUUAGAGACGAUAGCUAUGGGCGCAUUUGUCAGUUUUUCAAUGAUCAAAUUGAACUCCCCGAAAGCAAAAAACAAAUCAAAUUGACGGAUGCUGCAAUGGAGUCAAUUUCAAAGUUCACAAACAAGGGUAGCCGCCCAUUUUUUGUGCACAUCAUCGAAAAUGGUUGUCAUGGCAUUUGUGAGCUGUUCUUAAAAAGUAUUCGCGAUGACAAUGGGAAAAUUUAUGAGAAGCAUAAGAAAAUUUUCAAGGAAUUGUUCCUACAAACCGAUGGCGAUGGUCAAAAUGUAUUACAUUGUGCAUUUAUCAAAGGAGACAUGUCGAUCAUCAAUAUAAUAUUGGAUAGUAUUCGACAGCAUCCUGAUAUCCGACAGAAGUUGUUAUUACGAAGUGAUAGACGUGGAGAGAAUCCUUUGUAUAAACUAUCGAAAAAUAAAACGAGUGCUGGAUCUCAUAAAAUCGUUGAAGCAUUGACAACCGGUAUCGACGAUGACGAAUUUUUCGAAGAUCUGGCGAUAUUUACUGCAUUUUCGCAACUGUACGUUGUUCGUGACAGUAUUGAGAAUAUGUUGGAAUUAAUUGACGAAUCAGUGCCCAAAUUGCAUGAAAAAUUGAAUGAAAUUCAAAAGAAUUUCAAUGAAAUCGAACAAAAAAGACCGGAUCUGGUCAAUGCAAUUUGUAGCGGAGAUGAAAUCAAAAUUAGCAGUACAGAAAACUUCCAAAUAAAACAGAUUUUGUUGUCAAUUGAUGACAACGGCACUAUUUUACACGAAGCUAUUGAACAUGAAAAAACUGAAGUUGUGAAAAAAAUAUUAGAAAAAGUCAACAGCUUCUCAGAAGACUUUGCUUUGGAAUUUCUGUCAAAACGGUCACAUAAAUCGAGAGAUGGAACAGCUCUGCAUUUCGCUGCUCGUUUUGGUAAUAAGGAGAUCGUUCAACUUCUCAUCGAGAACAAAGCAGAUGUUAAUAAAAAAGACGACAAUGGAAGUACACCUCUUCACUGGGCUGCUGAGAAAGGUCGAAAGGAGAUCGUUCAACUUCUCAUCGACAAAGGUGCCGAUGUUCAUGAAAAAGAUUACUAUGGAAGUACACCUCUUCACUGGGCUGCUAAGUGGGAUGUUAAUAAAAAAGAGAACGAUGGAAGUACACCUCUUCACUGGGCUGCUGAGCAUGUUAUGUAUCGUUGUAAAUUGUGUGACCGCUCAACGUGUGUUGUAUGUAUGACCACUAGAGGCAGGUUGAAUGUUGUCGUCAGUAUGGAUUUCAUUGCCACGUGUAAACUCUAUAUAAAAAAAAUUAUGUUUCACUCAAAAACAAACAUGUUCUUUGUCGCAACGGUUCAAUUUUUUUCAUUUAUUCAUUACCUUUCAGGUCAUAUCACUGUCGUUGAACUUCUCUGCGAAAAUGGAGCUGAUAUUCACGCUGGAAACCACGAUGGACACACAUCUCUUCAUGCAGCUGAAGUGAAUGGUCACCAAAAGGUAGCUAAAUUUCUCCGUGAUACGAGUGCACAUAUGUGAUGUAUCUAAAAUAUCAAAUGAUUUCAUUGUAUUCCUGUAACAUCGACCCUUGAUUACAAGCAACCAUCUAUGCCUAGCAACUGGGUCGAAUAUUGAAAGUAGGAUAAGUCGAUAAUUCGUUUGUGUUCCGACUGCUAACACAUCUUUGUAUUUUUUGAAAGGCCACUUAAAUACUAUCUCAAAUAGAAUGAAAAUAAAAAUAAAAACCAUACAUUAUGGUGCCUUAA